AUGGACCAAGUUCCAUCUCCGAUGUUAGCUGUGCCAAAAGAAUCAGCGCCACAUAGAGCAUCUGCUCAGCCUAUGAGUUCAGAUAUUAUUAAAUUACUGUUAUCCUCUGGAGCGCCACCCGGAUCAUUAAAGGGUGUAGGUGCCCGUACAACGACUUUUAGUCGGCCAUCGAACACUGUGCAGAGGCAGCCAGUCACUCUACAGCCUCAAGUUACUGCUAAAGAGGUUAAGCCCACGCCAAACCUAUCUCCAAAGCUUUUUCCUCUGAAAGAGGUUAUUCCAAUUGCUACACCUAAUAUGCGUGCACAACCAGCUCUGCCAGUACUGCCUGGUGUUGCUCCACCACCACCGCCUCCUCCAGCUGCUACCCUUCCACCGCCGCCAGCAGUUGCUCCUCCACCACCGCCGCCGCCACCACCACCACCACCACCUCCUCCUCCUCCUCCUCCUCCUCCUCCUCCUCCUCCUCCUCCUUCUCCUCCUAGUCAUCCCUCUCCUGGCCAUCCUCCUCUACCGAAUAUAAUUGCUCCUCCUCCUCCUCCUCCUCCUCCUCCGCCGGCUCCCCCCCUCCACCACCACCACCUCCUCCUCCUGCUCCUCCUGCUCCUCCUGCUCCUCCUGCUCCUCCUGCUCCUCCUGCUCCUCCUGCUCCUCCUGCUCCUCCUGCUCCUCCUGCUCCUCCUGCUCCUCAUGCUCCUCCUGCUCCUCCUGCUCCUCCUGCUCCUCCUGCUCCUCCUGCUCCUCCUGCUCCUCCUGCUCCUCCUGCUCCUCCUGCUCCUCCUGCUCCUCCUGCUCCUCCUGCUCCUCCUGCUCCUCCUGCUCCUCCUGCUGCAGCUCCUGCUGCAGCUCCUCCACCUCCUCCUCCAGCUGAUGCAGCAGCAGAAUCAACUGAAUUUUCCCCUUUAA